AUGGCGGCUCUCGGGGAUCGUUUUAGCAAUUCCAACCAACAAAAGUCUUCCUUGGUUUCUCCAGAGAAAGUUCGCAAUCUUCUUAACGAAGGUGUGUCGGCCGAAGAUAAAUCAAACAGUUUACGAGGGGAGGUGCCAGAAGCGAACAGCAUCAGUCAAACACCCUGUGAAGCAACCAACAAAGAAGCCUUUUUCUCCAGAGUGGAAACCUAUUCAUGUUUGAGAUGGGCAGGUAAGCCCCGAAUACUCUCCCCUCUGAGGUGUGCCAGAUAUGGCUGGAUCAACGUAGGCUGUGAUAUGCUCAAAUGCCCCAGCUGCCAGGCAUUCCUUUGUGCAUCACUGCAACCAACUUUGGACUUUGAAAAAUAUCAAUCCCGCAUUGCACAGAUAUCAAGACAACUACAGACACAGCAUGAGAAGUUCUGUCCUUGGCCUGACUUCCCAUGCCCAGAGCGGUUCUGUCUGAUUCCGGACUCUGAGCCCUCGGGAUUGCUUGCUGCCUUUUUAGAACGCUUCCAGAGUGUCUGUCUUCUAGAACAGCAACUGCCUGCCAUGAAGCCAGAACAGCUGAAAUCCAUGGCUUUGACUGAGGAUGUUGUCAGCAUUCUGCUGCAGCUGAUUGAGGAAGAGCAGAAAAAACAGGGCGGGACUUCAUCUGCUGAUCCUUUGGCUGUCCAGGUGGCUGCCUGCAUUGUUUCUCUGUGCGGCUGGGCUGCAAGCCCAGCUUUGCAUGCUAUGAACCUGCCCAUCCUCACCUGCUCCUUCUGCAUGCGCAAGGUGGGCUUGUGGAACUUCCACCAGAUGGAGGGGACGGGGGCAGAGGGGGAUACCUUUCCAAUUGCUCUCAGCCCCUCUGGCCAAACACCAACUUCUGCUCCUGCAGUCACACAGGAGAACCAGGGGGACCAGAGUGCUCCUCUCCCAGCCAUCAUAUCCAUAACCCCCAGCCGCAUGAAGCUGAGGAGCCAGGACACCACCCGAUCUGAUCAGGUUGAAAGUACUUCAUCUCCCCUGGUGUCGCGUACCCGCAGCAGGGACUCCCCUAGUCCCAAUGAGGAGCUACCAAGCCCCCUAAGUAGAGGCAAGAGGCCUGCAACCCGGAGUCGAGGGCAAGGGGAUGGAACAGGUGGCGAUGGGACCACCAGCACUCAACACUCUUCCAAACGCAUUCGCCUCUCAUCAGCUGGUGGUCCUGAGGGACCGAUACAGAGAAAUGUGUUUGACCCACUUGCACAGCACAGAGACUGGUGCCCCUGGAUCAAUGUGAGGAAAGAGAAUACUGACCCUGGAGCUAUACCCAACAUGGAUGAAGACUCCCCAUUGCAUCAGCAGGGGUGGAAGGCUGCUUUGGACCUCCUCAUACCCAUGAAAAAGAACUCCAACACAUCAGUGAAGGGCCCUCAUGACAAGUCUAAAAGAGUGUUUGCUAUAUUUCGUCAGUGGCAGGUAUCCUCUCUUUCUCAGUAGACUUGUUCCACCUUAAGAAGGCAUCAACAUUCUGACGACUUUUCCCUUUAUUGGAGUGGGGGGGGGGGUUGCCAGGUUUGUUGAGGCACAGUGUAUGUUUCCUGUUCCUUAAAAGCCGUGUUUACAGCCAAAAGGUUUUUGUAAGGCAGGGAAUUAAAUGGUGUUUUCUGUCAAAAGGAAUAUUGUCGUCUUUGAACAAGAAACUAUGUCAAGGUUUGCCUGCAUGGUUGUUGAAAACAUUUGGAUGCUGCUGCAUAGAUGGAUAUUGAGAUGUACAACAACCAGGGGAUAUAUUUAGGGGUGGGACGAUACUGGAUCGAAUUCCGAAUCGUUCGAUACGUCCUUCACGGUUCGAGAUGCUCCCCAUUUCGCGAGAUCAUGUGUUAUUAACAAUAGAACGAGCAGGAUUUCACUUCUACCUAAUGAUGGCAGGUUUUUAAACUCUAUAUUCUGUCAAGAUAAAUACCCAAUUGAGAUAUAACUGAAUUGCAUAUGUUAGUAUGUCUGUUAGGAAACGACUGACACCAAAAUUAAAAUUUUAACAGCUUUAAUACU